UAAUAGAUUAUUUACCUUGUAAUAUAACUCUUAUCCAUCCUUGAUCGAUGGCGAACGAUGACGUCUCCGUGGAGAUCCUCACCAGGCUUCCCCUCAAGUCGCUCUUCCGGUUCAAGUGCGUCUCCAAGGCAUGGCACGGCCUCAUCUCCAACGACGACUAUCUCCGCCGCCGGCUGCCGCUGCUCACCUCCGCCGUCUUCUACCAUUGCAGCGCCGCCAACAGAGAGCCCCGGUUCGCGUGCACCUCCAACGACGCCGGCGAGCUCCGGGAGUGUGGGCUGGAGUUCUUCCCGCUGCACGGUAAGUCGGACAUCGUGGACUGCUGCGGCGGCCUGCUGCUCGCCUACUCUGCCAGCAGCGCCUCCUUCUACGUGCUCAGUCCGAUUACGAAGAGGUGGGCUGGGCUGCCGCCGGCGCGCAGGACCACUCUCCUCUCCGUCUUGGCCUUCGAUUCCUACCAUUCCAAGGGCUACAAGGUUGUCUCCUUCGCCGGAUGGCUUCCGCAGGGGUCGCAGAUCGAGGUCUUCUCGUCCUCGACCGGUGGGUGGGCCGAGCGCCGGGUUCACUGGGGCAUCGACUCCGAUUCUCUGACCGCCUCCUUGCGCUAUUUUGCCGGAACCCUCUACGUCCUCGCUUACCCCCACCACAUCGUCGCCAUCGACCUCGACGACGACGCGUUGCCCUGCCGCCUAAUCGAUCUUCCGGUGGGCGUGAAGCCGGGGGCGUGCGUCGACCGAUCUGGAGGGCGGUUGCAUUACGCGUGCGAGGAAGAAGGGCGGAUCAAGGUUUGGGCGCUGGAGGGCGGAGGGGGAGGCGGCGGCGGCGGGUGGGCGUUGAGGUACAGCGUGGAUGCGGACGCGAUCUUGAGGCGAGUUCCGGGGAAUUUGCAGCAGAAGCAGCUGCAUCUGUUGGCGGUGCAUCCGGAGAGGGAGGGGGUGGUGUACCUGCGGACGCCGGGGAGGAUAGUGGCGUAUGACUUGGGGAAGGAGGAAUUGGGGGAGAUUUGCGAGUUUAGGAAAGAGGAGGAGAAGGAGGAGAAGGAGAAGGAGAAGACUUACCUGGUGCAGAUUUGGGUGUUUCCCUUUUCGCGCUACAUGUCAGAUUGCUUAGCCAACUGAAUUAUUAUAACAAAAGGGUUAAUGUGUUGUUUUCUUUCA